ACGUCAACCACACCAACCACACCUUAUCUCCAACCACCAACUACUACUUGACUUAAUCUUAACAAACCAAAUCACCAAGUAGAAAAAAAGAAGAAAAAAAGAUGCCGUCCUCGACGCGCCGCCUCAUGAAAGAAGCCGCCGAGCUUUCGAACUCGCCCUCCCCGCACUUCCACGCCCACCCGGUCUCCGACUCGAACCUCUUCGACUGGCACUUCACCCUUGCCGGCCCGCCCUCGCCAUCCCCCUACGCCCAGGGAAUCUACCACGGGCGCAUCGUCUUACCAGCCGCAUACCCACUGCGCCCUCCCUCGUUUCGAUUCCUGACCCCCUCCGGCCGGUUCGAAGUGAACCGCGAGAUCUGCCUGAGCAUCUCCGGCCACCACGAAGAAACAUGGCAGCCUGCGUGGGGGAUCCGGACGGCGCUGCUGGCCAUCCGGACGUUCAUGGACGGGGACGCCAAGGGGCAAGUCGGCGGACUGGAUGUGUCGGAGGAAGUCAGGCGCGCCUGGGCGGAACAGAGUCGCGCCUGGUGCUGCGAGAGCUGUGGGCGGUCCAACGCGGAGAUCCUACGCGAACAGGCGGAAGUUUGCCAGGCGAAGGGAAUCAGUGGGGACGGCGACGAGAAGGAUGAGGAGAAUGUUAAGGAGCUUGCCGGGUUGAAGGUCGCGUAUAGGGAUGAACUGGGGGUGGGAAAGUCACAACAACCAUCACAACAACAGACGGGCUCAGAAGAGACACAAAUCGAAUCAACUGAAUCGAGUCUUGGGACAAAUAGUGUACAGCACCAGGUACAGCAACCACUACAACAACCAGUACAGCAACCAGUGCAUCCACCACUGCAACAACCAGUACAGCAACAGGUACAGAGUCAACCGCAGACGCAAACCACACAACGGCAAACUCCCUGGCUGGACAGAGCCAUCGUUGGUGUCGUUAUCGCCCUCGUGCUGAUGAUUCUCCGGCGGGUUUCGAAUCUAGAGGACAUCUGAGCAGACAGAUAUACAUCCCCCCCUUUUUUUCCAUCUUCUUUUCACAUGCUGGCCAUAUAUCUAUUCCAGGUUAGAACUAGAUAGCACAAGCUAAAUCAAGAACCACCAUUCAUUGACUU